CGACUACUGAUGACGUGUGUACUGUUACCUGUAAACUAGGAAGGAAGUUCUCCUCGGAGGUGUAACGUUUACGACAAGAAGAUGACAGAGUUGCAUCAAGCAGCUGCUGUAGGGGACUUUGACCUUGUGAAAGAAAUUGUGAAGAAGAAUAAGUGUAAUCCCAAUCAGAAAGACAUCGACUGGAACAACAAGACACCUCUGCAUUGGGCUGCAGCCAAAGGACAGACAGAAAUAGUAAGAAUACUGAUUGAGAAUGGGGCCAGGCCCUGCCUGCGUACAGAUUUUGGAUGGACACCUGCCCACUUUGCUGCUGAAUCUGGAAAACUCGCUGUUUUGCACCUCCUGCAUUCGCUACAUGCUCCCAUAGACAAAGAGGACUGUUCUGGAGACAAACCUGCUCGGAUUGCAGAAAUCUAUGGGCAUAAGGAGUGCGUUCAAUUCCUUAAAAGGGCUGAGGUGGAAUGCAGAGAGCAUUGUCGCAUGGCCUUGCUAAAUGGUCUCACCUUGGAUGACACAGAUGAUGAAUGGGAGGAAGAGAGAAGAAAAGCUAAACAGCAGAGAAUUUUUUUUCACCGCACAACAAAUGAUUAAGCACAAAAACAAGAUAGAAAAUGUAACUCAGGAAUACUGGCACAGAUGUUACUUUCCUUUUUAAGUAUGG